GCAACCGUUCAUUACCAAGCAAUCCUUGUACGCUGGGACACCAAUCAUACUACGACACGCUUAUUAUGAAGGUGUUUGUCAUCUUUUCAAUGGCCCUGGCCAUCGCCGCCAGUGCAGCAGUCGACGGUAGCAAAAUGAACAAACGGGACCUUUGGGACGAUCUGGCCCAAGCGGAUGAUGUGUCAUUAGAAAACUUCCCAAAAAACCAAAAAUUCCCAAAUUUCCCACGGGAUCGCCCAACGCCAUCCAAGAAGCAAAAGGAACCGGUAGUGAAACACGUUCCAGUGCCUUACCCGGUAGAGGUCGAGAAGCGCGUUGAAGUGAAAGUUCCGUUUAAGGUGGAGGUCGAAAAGAAGGUGCCAGUCAUCGUGGAAAAGAAAGUUCGGGUGAUCGUGGAGAAGAAGGUUCCUGUUCACAUAGAUCGCCCAGUGCCAUACCCGGUCGAAGUUAAGGUCCCGGUUGUUCAAAAAGAAUACGUCGAAGUGCCAUACCCUGUGCACGUUGAAAAGAAAAUCCCUGUGUUCCUCGAGAGGCCAGUCUACAUAGAACGGACCGUCCCGGUUCGCAUUCAAAUCCGGAGAAAGAAGAACAGAGGCGGCCGGAAGUGGCGUUAAGGAG